AUGACAGAAGUGCCACGUGACAGAAGAAGAGAAAAGACAACACAACAUGCAGUGACAGAAGUGCCACGUGACAGAAGAAGAGAAAAGACAACACAACAUGCAGUGACAGAAGUGCCACGUGACAGAAGAAGAGAAAAGACAACACAACAUGCAGUGACAGAAGUGCCACGUGACAGAAGAAGAGAAAAGACAACACAACAUGCAGUGACAGAAGUGCCACGUGACAGAAGAAGAGAAAAGACAACACAACAUGCAGUGACAGAAGUGCCACGUGACAGAAGAAGAGAAAAGACAACACAACAUGCAGUGACAGAAGUGCCACGUGACAGAAGAAGAGAAAAGACAACACAACAUGCAGUGACAGAAGUGCCACGUGACAGAAGAAGAGAAAAGACAACACAACAUGCAGUGACAGAAGUGCCACGUGACAGAAGAAGAGAAAAGACAACACAACAUGCAGUGACAGAAGUGCCACGUGACAGAAGAAGAGAAAAGACAACACAACAUGCAGUGACAGAAGUGCCACGUGACAGAAGAAGAGAAAAGACAACACAACAUGCAGUGACAGAAGUGCCACGUGACAGAAGAAGAGAAAAGACAACACAACAUGCAGUGACAGAAGUGCCACGUGACAGAAGAAGAGAAAAGACAACACAACAUGCAGUGACAGAAGUGCCACGUGACAGAAGAAGAGAAAAGACAACACAACAUGCAGUGACAGAAGUGCCACGUGACAGAAGAAGAGAAAAGACAACACAACAUGCAGUGACAGAAGUGCCACGUGACAGAAGAAGAGAAAAGACAACACAACAUGCAGUGACAGAAGUGCCACGUGACAGAAGAAGAGAAAAGACAACACAACAUGCAGUGACAGAAGUGCCACGUGACAGAAGAAGAGAAAAGACAACACAACAUGCAGUGACAGAAGUGCCACGUGACAGAAGAAGAGAAAAGACAACACAACAUGCAGUGACAGAAGUGCCACGUGACAGAAGAAGAGAAAAGACAACACAACAUGCAGUGACAGAAGUGCCACGUGACAGAAGAAGAGAAAAGACAACACAACAUGCAGUGACAGAAGUGCCACGUGACAGAAGAAGAGAAAAGACAACACAACAUGCAGUGACAGAAGUGCCACGUGACAGAAGAAGAGAAAAGACAACACAACAUGCAGUGACAGAAGUGCCACGUGACAGAAGAAGAGAAAAGACAACACAACAUGCAGUGACAGAAGUGCCACGUGACAGAAGAAGAGAAAAGACAACACAACAUGCAGUGACAGAAGUGCCACGUGACAGAAGAAGAGAAAAGACAACACAACAUGCAGUGACAGAAGUGCCACGUGACAGAAGAAGAGAAAAGACAACACAACAUGCGUAG